AUGCAAUACGUGGACUGGGUCUACAACGAGACCGACAUCGACGUGCUGCUGGCCCAAACGAGGAAGCUCGGCUGCCCCGGCGUCAACAGCAUCGACGACGACAAUCUGGCCCCGCUCGACUUCCGUAGCCCGAUAACGUUCGACCACAGCUGCUAUUACAACCUUGUCCAGAGACGAGGCCUUCUUCACUCGGACCAACAGCUCUUCAACGGCGGGCCCGCCGACUCGCUCGUGAAGCUCUACAGCAGAAGCCCGGUCGCCUUCGACAAGGACUUCGUGGUCUCCAUCACAAGGAUGGGCGACGUCAAGUCCCUCACCGGAUCCAAUGGUGAGAUUCGGAGGAACUGUAGGAGGGUCAAUUGA